AUGUUGCCAUACCAUACGCUUCAGGAAGCUGAAAUUUCUCUUGGAAGAAAUCUAACAUUUGCAGAAACAUUAUGGUUCAAAUACUCGGCUCAAAAAUCAGAUUAUAUCCUCUAUUGUCACAACACCCUUUUCUUGUUUAUCUUUUACACCUUGUUUCCGAUCCCCUUUGUCAUUCUUGAGCUCCUGGGGUCCAAAAAGAUUGACAAGUACAAGCUUCAGCCAAAAUUCAAAAACUCAUUCUCUGACAUGAUGGAAUGCUACAAAAAAGUUAUGUGGACUUUUGUCUAUGCUGUUGGCCCCCUGCAAGUCCUUUCUUACCCCGUCAUUAAGUGGAUUGGGAUCCGAACAAGCUUGCCGUUGCCAUCUGGGACAGAAGUAUUCUGGCAACUGGUGGUGUAUGUAGUAGUCGAGGACUAUGCAAAUUAUUGGCUCCAUAGACUAAUGCAUUCCCCAUGGGGCUAUAACAAAAUCCACAGGGUGCACCAUGAGUAUACGGCUCCUAUUGGUUUUGCAGCACCUUAUGCUCAUUGGGCAGAGAUUAUUAUCCUUGGACUUGCUUCAUUUCUUGGUCCUCUCAUGGUCCCCGGUCACAUGCUCACCUUUUGGCUUUGGUUUAUACUAAGGCAGCUCGAAGCCAUUGAGACUCAUAGCGGGUACGAAUUUCCUUGGAGCCCCUCCAAGCUUAUUCCAUUUUAUGGAGGUGCAGUUUACCAUGAUUACCAUCACUACGUUGGGGGCAAAAGUCAGAGCAACUUUGCAUCUGUUUUCACUUACUGUGACUACAUAUAUGGAACCGACAAGGGAUAUCGAUACCAGAAAAAUGUCUUUGAAAAGCAACAACGAGAAAUUAAACAUCCUCAGUCGACAGUGUUUGAUAUGAUUAAGGUGUCAAAUAUUGAGAAUUCUAAUCCAGUAUAUAUUGUCUGA